AUGUCUACGUCCGACGCGGCAACUGGCACUGGUGGGCUCGAUGCAUCACUCAUGUUCGAGCUUGAGCGGCCUGAGAACAUCGGCUCUGCUUUCAACAACACGUUUGCAGCAAUGUGGGAUUUUCUCACGCCUAGAUCCUCAGUCUCUGAUCUUCUAGCUCUCAGCGUCGUGGCUGCAGCUGCGGCGUGUGACGGGCCUAAAAUUCCUUUCCGAGCCGGUCGUAUCGACGCAACUGAAGCGGGACCUGCCGGGGUUCCCAAGCCGGAAGAUGACCUUGAAAGUACGCGCCAAACGUUUAAGAGGGCGGGCUUCAACGAUGCAUGCGGUCACAGCUUGGGCAACAUACAUAGUGUCGACUUCCCAGAAAUGGUAGCCGGCGAGACUUCCGAAGAGAACAUUGCUCAUUUCGAUACUUCUCCGACCAACUUCGACAACGCAGUUGUGACUGAGUAUCUUGAAAACGAGACAGCUAACCCUCUGGUGGUCGGGGUGAACGACACAAUGAACUCGGACAAGCGCAUCUUUGGUUCCGACGGUAACGCUACCAUGUCUUCUCUCUCGGAUCCUGUCACAUUCAAGUCAAAGUGCACCCGAAUCUUCGAGCGCAUGAUCGAUACCGUUCCCGCGUCAGUGACAUUGACAGAGCCACUAGAUAUUGUCGAUGUCAAACCCUACGUGGAUCCUCCUCGGCUGCAAUCGGACGGCAGCCUGCUGUUUGAAGGGCGCAUUAGAGUCCGUAAUAAUGCGGAAACGGGUAUCAACGGUGAUGACCUGGAAGUAUCAUUGGAUUACCUGGAUCGUCAAGGGUCCCGAGACGCAGGUAUGAUUGUGGCCAGCCGCGCCCGCAGCAGGGGUGGCCAGUCGUAUGGCUUCUGGGGCAACACGUUCACCUGGUUCGAAUUUUCCCGAUCAAUCAACGCCAGCACUGGAAUCAGCAAUUUCAACAUUCUGCUCAAGACACCUUCUACCGGUACAGCAUUCAUUCUUGACAAUUCAAACACUGGUGGAUAUCCUGUGGAUUCCGACUUGCUGUACCAACAAACAGAUUCAUGCGUCACGGGAACCGGUACGACUCGAGACUUGUCUCUGGUUAUAGCUCUGCGCAAAGAGUUAGCUGGUGGAAGCACCCAACCUCUUCUGCACCUUGCCCAUCGCGUCGCUCGACCAGGUGUCUUGCUCCCAAGGUUGGAAGUGGAAAGCGUGCCGUUCCUUCCAGUUCCAGGCUUGGAAAAAAGUGGUUUUCAAUAUUUUCGUGCCAAUGCCACCCUUGACGCAAGCGGGUGGAGCACGACAUUUGAUAUUACGAUGGAAGAUUCAUCAGCGGGCGGCAAACAUGAACUGGGUCUCUUGAAGACAAGUGUUCUGUCAGGGACUUGCACCGUUUAG